GUUCGCCAUAUUGUUUUUGUUAGAUGCGGGAAAUUUGUUGACAGUGUCUUGGGUUGGGUAUAAAGUAGAAAAUGAAUAAGCUGGUGAGCAUUCCGUCAGCACCAGGGGCACCCAAACGGAAGGAGAUCUACAAGUAUGAGGCACCAUGGACAGUCUACAGUAUGAACUGGAGUAUUCGUCCAGACAAGAGAUUCAGACUUGCCCUGGGCAGUUUUGUUGAAGAAUACAACAAUAAGGUCCAGAUCGUAUCUCUUGAUGAAGAAACAUCUGACUUCUCAUCCAAGAGCACAUUUGACCACCCAUAUCCUACCACCAAACUGAUGUGGAUUCCCGACACAAAGGGGGUUUUCCCGGAUUUGCUGGCAACAAGUGGCGACUAUUUGCGAGUGUGGAGAGUUGGUGAAACUGAGACACGGCUGGAGUGUCUGCUCAAUAAUAAUAAGAAUUCUGAUUUUUGUGCUCCCUUGACUUUUGACUGGAAUGAAGUUGACCCCAAUCUUCUGGGGACGUCAAGUAUCGACACAACCUGCACCAUCUGGGGGCUCGAGACUGGCCAGGUGCUUGGCAGGGUCAACAUGGUCUCUGGGCAUGUGAAGACACAGCUGAUAGCCCAUGACAAGGAAGUGUACGACAUCGCCUUUAGUCGGGCUGGAGGAGGCAGGGACAUGUUUGCCAGUGUUGGUGCUGAUGGGUCAGUUCGAAUGUUUGACCUCCGCCACCUCGAACACUCCACCAUCAUCUACGAGGACCCGCAACAUGUGCCCCUGUUGCGCCUCGCCUGGAACAAGCAGGACCCCAACUAUCUCGCCACCAUGGCCAUGGAUGCUUUCGAGGUGAUCAUCUUGGAUGUGCGUGUCCCCUGCACACCAGUCGCCCGACUCAACAACCACCGUGCAUGUGUGAACGGUAUUGCCUGGGCGCCACAUUCCUCCUGCCACAUCUGUACUGCUGCUGAUGAUCACCAAGCCCUAAUAUGGGAUAUCCAGCAGAUGCCACGUGCUAUUGAAGACCCAAUCCUAGCGUACACAUCAUCAGGGGAGAUAAACCAGAUUCAGUGGUCUUCAACCCAGCCUGACUGGAUCGCUAUUUGUUACAAUAACUGUUUGGAGAUCCUCCGCGUUUGAUAAUUAACAGGGCACUUUGAAGAGACUCAAAAUCAUUGUAAGGCCAGUCAAUACCUAAAUAGUCAAACCAAACCAUUCAAAGACAUACCAACCAUUUCUAUCAUCAGCCUGUUCAGAUUCAAUUAAAGGUUCAUGCAAGUGAACAAAGACUGAAAGCUAUUUAAACAGAUUCCAGUACUGUUAGAGGUACUCUACCAAGUGUUGCUUGGAAACCUUUACGGGUUGUGAAUGAAAUUUGUGAAACUUUGAAAAAAAACAUUUCUAGGUGAUUUCUAGUUUUAGUAACAUUAUGAAAGGAGGAAUGUCUGAGAAAACAGAAGAAGCUUGCCACCACAGAAGUUAUUUGAGAAUCAUUUGCCGUAGUUGACACAUUUAGCGCUCUGCUCCUAUAAGCUCGGUGUGAACUGUCAUGCAUCAAGACAAGCAUGUUUCUACAGACCCAUCACUUCAUGCACAGGGCGCUAAUUAGGUUGAAUACAGUUCUGAUUUGAUGCAUCAUCAAUACCUCACGGGUUGUGUUUACUACAUUCGUCCAUCCCCUGUGGAGACAUACAGAGUAAUCUCCAUGUUAACCAAUGGAGCAUUUUGUUUGAAGCCAUGACAGGUGGAAUCUGAUUGGUCAGUACGAGGGACAUCGAUAUGACAUGACUUGUGAUACUCACUUCCAUAUCAUCGAGCCAUGAAAUUACAGGUCAGUUAGGCUGGUAAACUAGACUUUAUUAGUCGGUCAACACCCUUACACUAUGAUGAUAAUGAGGUGGAAGAAAUUACUGCUUGGACCAAUGGCUCUCCUAUCACACCAACAGCCAUAUUUCUCACUUGUCAGUGUGGUUGCCUGCUCCAAAAUUUCAAGCAAUGGUAGAGUGUGUUCCAAGAAGGUUCAUGGAUAGAAAGGGUUUAUUUGACUUCCAUGUGUAAAUGUCUGCAUUGCCUAUGUAUUCACAGGUGUUGAAGGAAGGUAGUGUACACAAAUCCGUGAACAACUGAUGAUAGAUUUGAUAUGAAAAGGCACCUGCUUUACCUUGAGCCUGGCUGGAAACUGAUUCCUUGGCUGGACCACCAACUGUAGCAGUUGUUGCCUCUUCCCUGCUGUUGUCCAUAGUCCCAUCUGGUUAUGUUCAAUCAUAAUUUUCAUCUUCAUGUAUUUAAUACAUUUAUUAGAUUUCAUGUCCUCACUUUGCCUUUAAAUUCUCAUUUGAUUAGAAGUACUAUUUAAUCUUUAGUGACGGUGUAUUAGAUUCCACAUCAGACAAAUUCCUUCCUAAUUACUUAGUGACUGGCCUUAAGUUUAUAAUGCUUCAUUCAGACAUCUAUCUUUUGAAAGUGCCUGUUAUCCAUCAAGCUUAUUAUGUGUGUUAAAGUCAUACUGACCUUAGAACUCAAUGGGCAACAUGUCACUGUCAACUUGGCAUCAGAGGUCACAUGAGACUAUAUGACCUUGACAAAGCAUUCUGAAGUUGACCUUGUUAGCAUGAUUAUCUGCUUUGAAUGUCGUGUCAGGAAACAAGUUCAGCAUGUCAUUCCGGACCAGACUGAAAUGGAGGAAUCCAUUGAAAUUAUUUAUUGCACGUCCAAACCAUCAUCCAUCCAGAAGUAUCUUAUCACUUCAAAGCCCCAAUGGAGGACAUUCUAGAAGAAACGAUCUUGACGUUGAAACAUACAGUUGUGGAGAUUUUACGCUGCAUUUACCAUUGCGCUUCGGGUUAAAAUCAAGCUCACGCUUUUGUAUUUGUAACCUGUUAGUCUUCAAAUCAGACAUUACAUUGUUAAUGUGAACAAUUUUGAAAACUGAAGAUACCAUCAAUUUGCCUGUUUGUUGAAAUAAUUUUGUUAUGUUGUUUAGAAACAAAUAACAUCUGAUAUAUAAUUUUUAACAGGGCUAUAAAUAUAUUUCAAAUGCUUUAUACCUUUAUAAACAUAUUGUUUAACUGUUCAUUUCCGGAAUUAAUCUUAUUAAUUGGGAAGAUUAAGUGUAUGUGGUGUUAGAUUUUUACCUAUCACAUGAUUGUGGAUGGUAUUCAUAUACAAGUCUGACUUGAAGUCCAGCUCUAUGUACAGUUAUUUUUAAUCAUGUCACAUUUUGUAUUUAAUUCAUCUAUGAUCUACUAUUUUAUGUCAUCUGACUAUUUGUAGAAGAGACUUAAUGUUAUACGUGUGUACAGUGUUGUCGUAUCACCACAUUGUAAUGCUUCUUGUUGAUGCAAGCUGUGGUAAUCUACAUGUACAUGACCGGAGCCUCGUCAGUUUUCUGAUGAGACUCGGGACUGGCUCAGGGGCCUGAUACACAAAGCAUUCAUAGCGUUACAACCUGUUGUAACGCUACAGUUUACAUACUCUGACGAAAGUCAUAGCGCUAUGAACACUUCCUGGAUCAGAACCCAGCCUAAUCAUGCAUUACUGUUUUUAUUACUUGGUAAAGAUAUCAACUGAAAAUCAAACAAAGUUAUGUUAAACUUAUUAGUCUGAGAAACACUGAAGGGGUUUGUUUCUUGACUUUCUUAUAAUAUUUUUCACAUAAAAUCAAAUUUAAUUAACUAUAAUAUCAGCCAAUAACCAGGUUAGUAUACAGAUGAUUACUGUAAACUUUCCACUGAUGAAAUGCAAGAUUGCUGUAAAGCUUGGGGUUUUGGAGUGGGGAAUUAUCAUUUCUUUUGUCCAUUGAAUUCUAUUACAGUACGUUAAUCAAGAUAUA